AUGGAUCCAUCAUCCCCACAACACUCGGAAGGAGGGUCCACACCUCUGAUGAGUAGCACUGCUCCCAAGAGCGACGAGAGGUCCACUUCGACGUCAAAAGUAACACCAGAUAGAUCUGACGAUGAAUCAUGCGACAGCAGGCCAUCGAUAACCAUAGAGUCUGUUUCAGAAGCUCACCCACAGCGUAUCGUCGAUAUUAUACAAAAGAUUUGCCUGAAUUGGGACUUCACGGUGGCAGACCUAGGAACUAUGUUCUCCAAGGACGAUGUAUUCGUCAAUCAGCAUGGUAUAGCUUUCUCUUCCAUUCAUGAAUGGCCGGGAACUCUGUUUCACAGUCUUUUGUCUCUGUCUAAAUUGACUACGAAUCUGCCGGAAAUCGCAAGGAUAGUCGUCCUCCAGCAUACAAAGGAUCGCAAGGGAAAGAAUUCCCACAAAAAUCAAUGUGGUGUCAAGAGAGGGGAUAUCGAUGCAGCUUGUGAUACAAUUGCGAGAGAGCCCAAGUUACUGGACGAGAUUACCCAAAAGAGCAAAACAGAACUAGACGAAAUUUUCUUACCCAGGCCCCAGAAGCGUAAGUCGCGUUGGGACGACGAACUGAGUGACAACGACGGCCUCCAGCCAUAUCACGAAAGCAUCAGACGUACCCGCACCCGUCGUGGACCCAACGCUUCUGAGGGAAAUCAACAUCGCAGCCUCCAUGGCAGUGAUGUCAACGAUGGUAAUUCUGAAAAUGGACUCAGUAUCAGAGAUGCAGAUGAUUCUACUACGUCUGACCAUCUCCAUAACGGGGCAAUGAUUCAUGGAGAUGCGGAUACUCAACCCGGUGAGACAAUGCUACAGAACGGAAACGUGCAUGCUCCACCAUAUGACCAAUUACUGAUGAAUCAGUCAGACGAACACACCAUCGAUAGCAACAGGCAAGAAAGCUCUGAAGCGUCGCGCGAGAACAGCUCCACUUCUCCACCUUCAAAUGACAGGGCCAGCAGCUCCAUCGACCAUGACCCUCAGAGCUCUGAGACUGCCAACAAGAACCAGCUUGUGCCUACUUCCAGCCACAAUCUCCCUGAGUACUAUGCUCGUUUUGCUAACCACGACACAUUCCAUACGCUUGAAGAUCUCGCGAGAUUCCUCCCUCACUUCUCCUCUCCGUAUCUGACACUUGAUACGGCCAUGAGUUUCACGGAUCUCAACACAAAGGUCCUCAUGAUCGACUACAUGAGGAGCUUGCCGAAAUUCGAGAGCCCUGAGGAGCAGGCUCGACUCGGUCUUUCUAAACUUUUUCUCGAGGGUCGAGAGAGGAUUGCUGGAGCAUUGGAGGACGAAGGCAAUGAUAAUAGCAUGGCAGGAGAUGAAACUGGGGAUGAAGAACUUGCCGAGGGAUAG